AAAUACAGAUGAGCUUUUGAAAGGAAAUGCAAUGGACACAAAUCUCUCUGAGGCAACAGAAACUGUUCAAUGCUGUUAUGAAUUUGUAAAUGGAUCUUGCCCUAAAGCAGCCCGAUCAAAUGGCCUUCGGUUUACAAUGUAUAUAUUUAUGCUGCUAAUAAUUGUCUGUACUCUUAUUGGUAACAUGUUACUCAUUAUUUCAAUUUUGCAUUUCAAACAGCUUCACAUAUCCACCAAUUAUCUUAUUCUUUCUUUGGCUACUGCUGACUUUCUGUUGGGCUGUUUGGUUAUGCCUUACAGCAUGGUGAGAUCCGUAGAAAUGUGUUGGUAUUUUGGACAAUUGUUUUGCAAGAUUCAUUCCAGCUCUGAUAUAAUGCUCAGCACAGCUUCAAUAUUACAUUUGUGUUUUAUCUCUGUUGACCGUUACUAUGCAGUGUGUGACCCACUGAGAUACAAAAUAAGAAUUACUUUCUCCUCAGUGCAGAUGAUGAUCAUCGUCAGUUGGGCUGUUUCAGCUAUUUUUGCUUUUGGUGUAAUAUUUUUAAAAUUAAAUUUAAAAGGAAUGGAUGAAGUUUACAACAAUAACUUUGCUUAUUAUGGAAACUGCAUACUUAUAUUCAGUGAAAUAUCAGGGCUGGUUGCAUCAAUGGUUUCCUUUUACAUCCCAGGAAUUACCAUGCUGUGUAUUUAUUCUAAGAUUUAUUUUGUGGCAAAGAAACAGGUCAGAAAUAUAAACAAAAUAGCAAGUCAAAUUCAAAAUAUCAAAAAUAGCAAAACUAGAUUUGCACAAAAUAAUGAAAGAAAAGCUGCCAAAACCCUAGUUCUGGUUAUGGGUGUAUUUUUGAUUUGUUGGUCUCCAUUUUUUAUUUGCAAUACAAUAGGUGGUUUUGUCAAUUAUUCAAUCCCUCCUGUUUUGAUCGAUGCUUUUGUUUGGUUUGGUUACUUGAAUUCUAUGCUUAAUCCUAUAAUCUAUGGCUUCUUCUUUUCCUGGUUUAGAAAAGCUGUAAAAAUAAUUUGCAAGGGCCAAAUAUUUCAACCUGUUUCUUCGAGAAUGGACCUGUCCUGUGACUAAAGUACACAUGAAAAGGAGACAGUGGGUACAGUA